UCAAGGUAAGUGAUACUUUAUUGCAUAAAAUUCUAAAAACUUAAAAAUGCUUUUGCAAAUGUCACUUGGAUGAUCAACACAGUUGAUGUUGCAUGCUUCUAAUGAUGGUUUUAGUGAAGGUUAGACUUGCAUUAAUUUCAAUGUUGAAAUGGAAAGCUUAUUAAAGGUAAGCAGAUCAAGAAUUAUGUUAGAAUUCAGUUUUUAAAGUGUAAAUAAAGGAUUAUUAUUAGGUUGUUAAUGCUUUCUAUCCUUGGAUUGCAUCUUUUUAGCCUUGUGGUUGUGCCUUCAACUUGUUUAGUUUUUCUACAUCUAAUUAUAGAUUUUCUUCACUAAGCAGCUGCUCAGCAAGUACCUAAAGAUUUCAGCUUCUUUCAUUUUAUUUAAAAGUCCAGGCAUCUACUGAUCUGCCUAUUGGUUUUUAUUUAUCUGAAAUCUACUUUUGUAGUUUAACACAAUGGUUAGAGUUAUCAUUUUAUACUUUGCAAAGUAGAUAUUGGCCACAUAAAAUUUUUGGUUGUAUUCUGACUUUUUUUUUCAUUUUCUUGCAUGAAUCCUCAUGCCCUCUUUCUUCUUUUUUCUACUUGUAUGAGCCUUUCAACUUCAAAUUUUCACUUUUGGUUAAGCAUUGCCAUAUAUACAUGUAUUAACUUGGUUCAGGUUUAACAAAUUUAAACGAGCUAAAGAUGUCAUGUACUAAAGUCACAGAUUUUGGUAUUCCAUACUUGAGGGGUUUGCAUGAACUUUCUUAUCUAGACUUGCUGGGUUGCCCUGUGACUUUUGCUUCGCUGGAAACUAUCUCAGGUUUUACUUCUUUGUUGCAAUUAAAUCUCAAUCGAUGUGGUCUAUCUGACGUGGGGUGUCAGAAACUUUCUGAUCUUAUUCAGUUGAAGGACCUUAAUCUGGGGUACAACAGAAUCACCGAUGCAUGUUUGAUAAAUUUAAAAGGCUUAAUUAACCUGGAGAGUUUGAACUUGGAAUAUUGUCGAAUUAGUUCUGAAGGUCUGUUGAGCAUCGAAGGACUGACAUCACUGAGAACUUUGGAAUUGUCAGAAACGGCAGUGGAGGCACUCAGUCAUCUUUCUGGUUUGCACAAUUUGGAGAAUCUCAAUCUGUCUUGCACUUUGGUCAAUGAUAACAGUUUAGCUGCAUUAUCUACUUUGACAUCCCUUAAGUCACUUAAUCUGGGCGAUCUUCUGCUUACUGAUGUAGGCCUGCCUUUUCUUUCAAGUCUCAUUGGAUUGACUCAUCUGGAUUUAUCUGAUUACCUAUUUGAUGGUUUUGGAUUGGACAACUUAAAAUGCUUCACGAAUCUGCAGUCCCUUGAGAUUUGCGACGGUUUUCUUGAUGAUCACUACGUGGACAGCAUCAAGGGCCUUACCUCGCUUAACCUGUUAAAUCUGUCUUUUAACAUUGGGUUCACAGAUAGAACAUUGGAAAGUAUUUCUGGAUUGACUGCCUUGUGUUUGCUGAACCUAACAUAUAAUACCGACAUAACUGAUGCUGGUCUGCGUCAUCUUACACCAUUGAAGAAUUUGAGAUCACUUUAUCUGGAUUUCACCCAAGUGACUGCCGGUGAGCUAAGGAGACUUCACCGUGAUGUUCUUCCAAAUCUGGUAAUUUUUCAACCACGCUAAUGUGAUGUUCUGGUCAAACAAAACCUGAAAUAAACUGCAGAUAUGGAUGCAAUCUUGCUAAUGUUUUGCAUGUAGUAUUACUUAAGGCUUGGGAUUUGUGUUGGUUUGUCUGAA